GUCUUUGGGCAAUCAAAGCCAAAAACGGCGGAAAAUUUCCUCACCACGAAAAGAAGAUCGCCGAAGCACCCGUGGCCGAGAAGCCACCAAAGUUUUACCCCGCCGACGAUGUUAAGAAGCCACUCGUCAACAAGCAUAAACCUAAACCAACUAAGCUUAGGUCCAGUAUUACUCCGGGAACAGUUCUGAUUAUCCUUGCCGGUCGAUUCAAGGGAAAGAGGGUUGUGUUCUUGAAGCAACUCGCGUCUGGGCUUCUUCUUAUCACUGGCCCAUUCAAAAUCAAUGGCGUUCCUCUGAGGCGCGUGAAUCAAGCUUAUGUGAUUGCAACUUCAACCAAGGUUGACAUUUCUGGUGUUAAUUUGGAGAAGAUUGACGAUAAGUACUUCGCUAAGAAGGCAGAAAAGAAGAAGAAGAAGACGGAAGGAGAGUUCUUUGACUCAGACAAAGAGGAGAAGAGUGCCCUACCUCAAGAGAAGAAGGAUGACCAGAAGGACGUUGACGCAGUUCUGAUUAAAGCAAUCGAGUCCGUUCCAGAUUUGAAGACUUAUUUGGGUGCCAGAUUCUCCCUUAAGGAAGGCAUGAAACCCCAUGCUCUAGUCUUUUAGAGAAAGUCAGCACCGUUUAUUUAUCUUAUGCUGAAACUGAAAAUUUUCUUGUUUCCCAAUGAUUUGUUACCUUGUUCAAUCUGAAUUUUGUUUUGAAAUGCAGUAUUUUACAAUUUAUAAUGCUUAUAUAGGAUCUGGAAAUCAGAUGAUGCACUAUGUGGUUUUGCUUCCUUACACAAGGUGUUAUGAUUAUGGCAAUGUUGACACUGUGCUUAAACU